AUGAACCCAUCUGCGUGCGUUGCGUUGCGUUGCUUUCUUGCGUCUCUUGUGUCCAAUGCAAGUGGUGCAGGCGGAAGUGUGUGUCAUUUCGCGUGGCUCCUAGUUGCAUCCGCAUUGGAAGGUAUAGUCCGGCCCUGGUAUUGGAUUGGUGCUGCCGCCCGCUUGAAGCAUUGGUUGAGGAUGAAUGAUAAUCGCUCGGUCUGGUUUUGGGUCCCAUUUUCCCCUCUCUUGCCGAUGAACCAUUGCAUAUAA